AUGGAUCAAGUCAGCAAUUCUUUUCAAAUCAAGUACAAUGAGUACAAGCAAAUCUUAGAAGAAAUGCAAAAUAAAAUAAUAGAGCUGGGACACGAUAAGGAUGAGCAUGAAAUCGUUCUAGAGACACUAAAUAGCUCUGAAUCCGGCAGAAAAUGUUACCGAAUGGUUGGUGGAGCCUUGGUCGAGAGUGAUGUGAAAACUACUGUUCCCAUCCUUCAAACAAAAAAAGACAAAUUAACUGUAACCAUCUCAAGCAUGAAAGCUGAAUUAAUAAAGACUGCUCAAGAGUUUGAAAAGUGGAAAAAGGAUAAUAAAAUUCAGGUGGUUACGCAAUAA